AUGUUCCGCGAAGCUGAGGAAGAGGGUCAGGAGGUGGAUUUUACUUAUGCACACAUUAUUGACUUCCUCAAACUGAAUCCCAUCUGGAAAGGCACAGUGCGAAUCAACGAGACUGGAUGCGGUUUAAAUGAGCCGUCAUGCCUAUCAUCGUUCCUUUUCACCACAGGAUUUACGACGCUGUCGAGCUAUAAGGAGAUGUUCCCACUCAUUCAAGAAUGGCGUGCGAUUGGCAGAAGACAUCGCGAUCUUGGAGUAUACGCUUAUUCGGAGAGAAGCACGUACGCCGACCAGAGCGAUGCUCUUGGUGACGUCAUCUGGCAAACACUUUAUUCGGAAGUGAUUUGUAUGGGUCUCGCCUUCCUUGUUUUCAUACCAGAUCUCGUGUCUAUCCUUGCAGGCAUGCUCAGUCUACUAAGCGUAAAUCUUGGGACGCCUCGUGAGAAACUGGAAGAUGCUUAUUUGAACAUCGGAUGGCCAACGAUGCAAGGUGGACUGAGCACAUUAUUUGCGAUGUUGCCAAUUUUAAUAAAGCCGAGCUACCUUGGGCUUGUAUUCUUAAAGCUCAUAAAACAGUAUACACUAUUCUGGGUUAUUCAAGACGUAAUAGAACCAUCACGAAAACCAGGCGUCAGAGAGAUAACUGUAACAGUUGGACAAGACUAG